UCUCUCUGCGGCUUCCCCACAUUGAGAAACAUGGCGCUACGGGAGUUAGCAUCGCUGGAGAAAUAUUUAGGCUUAAAAAAGCCGAACAAAUAUAGCACACAGGGAGAUAAAAAGGUGCCUGUGCUACAGAAUAAUAAUGCUCCCCCACUGGUAGGACUGGUGACCAUCGCUUGCCACCUGGUGAAAGAGGCCAAGCGCUCAGAGCUGCUGGGUUGUGGUGCAGAGGCGCGUGCAGUGGUCCAGCAGUGGCUCGAGUACAGGGUUACUAAACUCGACGGCCAUGCAAAGGAAGACAUCAAGACCAUCCUAAAGGACCUCAACCUCUACCUGCAAGAUAAAGUCUACCUGGCAGGGAACCAGUUUACCUUAGCCGAUGUUCUCAUGUACUACGGAAUACACUCAAUCAUACUGGACUUGGCUGUCCAGGAGAAGGAGCAGUACAUGAAUGUGACGCGGUGGUUCGACCACAUCCAGCACCACCCUGGGGUCCGACACCACCUCCCUCCAGUAGCUGUGCUCAGGAACAGACUGUACACAAGCAGACACCACUGAGACCAGACAUCGUCAUCGUCCAGCCUUCCUCACUACAACGGACGCCACAUCCCCUAAAAUACAACAUUUAACAAAUUCAGGAUCUUUCCACAGAGCCAUAUCAAUAUUUAAGUCAUCUUUCUGUGUUGAUAAUAUUUCUGAACUAAUUUGUUGAGCUUAAAAAAAACACUAGCUCAAAAAUGUUUAAUAACCAAUUGAUAACUGUCUUACAAACACUUAAAAAAAAUCCUUGUGUCAUUACUGACAGAGUAGUGAUGUCAUUCAAUCCCAUCCAUGUCAUUUUGUUGCUGAGCAGCAUUUUUUUGUUUUUAAAGGGAAACUGUUUGCCAUGUAAUGCAGAGCUGCUAGCGCUGCUGUUUCUAAAUGUUGCUGCUUUGUUUUAAUCUGAGCCUUGGAUAUGCUACUGCUGGUACUCUGGGUAAAAGGACUUAACUGGCAGCACAUUAUGUCCCAAGCUGUUGCUUGAUGUGGCUUCAACCCAUGCUGUUCUAACUCUGGUAUUUUAUCAUUAAAUUUCUUAGCAUAUUAGUGUUUUGUUCUUGUAGUUUCCUUGUGCAUGCGUUUUGUAUGUGUGUCUGUUUUCAAUCUCCGCUCUCCGUUCCACUUCCUCACCACCAGUUGUGUGGGCAGUAGCGAGCAGUUAAACGUCAGCCCUAGAGUCGGAGAUCAGAGUGAGCGUCCAAUCAGUCCCACUACCACCACUGUUGAUGCUGCGGGCCACUGAGAGAGCAGUGGGCUCACCAGCUGCCACACAGACACAGCCAGCCAAGGCCAGAACCCCAGCCCCCCUUGGGCGACAGUCAGCCACUGUGUGUCAUUUCACCCUCACGCUCCCACAGGGGCUACUGGAGAGAGGAGGACGAAGAGAGGCGGUGAGCGAGCGAGCAGAGUGUGCGACGAAAAGGAUGGAGGCCACACAACAAAAAGGCACCCAGAGGCCGAGGGAUCUAUUUCGUGACAAGUGAACAAUGAUCUUUGCCUCCUAAAGCCUGACUGCUGAUGGCUGGAUGCUGCUAUUAGCACCAUUAACAGGUUCGACCAUGCUAGUGGUUGGAGAACUGGCUUACAUUAUGAAGGUAAUGAGAGAUAGAAAAGCAGAAUAUAGAAAAAAAGGUACUUCUACAGAUUGGUCUUUGUGACCUUUUUAAGAUUGAAAACUUUUAUUUUUCUUUUUUUCAUUCAUUGUUUAGGAUGUUUUUCUUUUUUCAGGCUCUGCAUAUGAAAUGUAUUGCUUUAAGCAUGUUUUUUUUCUUUUUCUGAUGUCAGCAGAAUUUUCAUCCUGUGCCAAUAAAUCAGAAAUACAUGGAGCCCCUGACCUUUGACUUCUCCACCCCUCUUCUCGGUGUGCACUU